UUUCAGACAUUUAAAAUGAAAUUUAAUUACGAAAAAUUGCCUGAAAUUCAGCACCAAUUUCAAGUGAGUGAUUCUCGCCCUCCUGUUAUCGUUUCUGAUGUCUUCUCAGCUAUAUGUGCUGCUCCUUUGUUAAUUUUGCUUUUCUUGUGGUUCCGUGUCGGCUUUAACUUUGGCAACAUGAAAUUUCCUUGGACUCUAGGCUUCCAUACUGGUCUGUCUGCUAUAUUUGGUCUUUAUGCUUCUCAUUGGCUUCGUUCUGAUACAGACAUGUUUGAAACCCUCAAAUGGCUUGCACUUAUCGGAUCGCUUACUCUUUUCUGUGGGAAUCGGCUUUUGAAACGCUGA